AUGGCACAGAGCACAUGGAACAAAUUUUGGUUCAGAGUAGAUACUUAUGUAAAAUAUUUUCCUUUUUCUAGGGCUUUGUCUAUUAAGCGAGAUUCCAUUAACCUGGACACGCUGGCAGUGUUCUACUUCAACCAGGGCAGAACAACUGAGGCACUGAAGAUAUUCAGUGAGCUGGAGCGCUCUUUUCCAAAUGACUUGGAUGCCAUGUGCCAUUAUGCCCAGGCAUUAACCAGGCUGGAGCAAUAUUCUAAAGCAGAGGCCCUGUUACUGAAAAUUCUUCACACUGAUGGUGGGCAUGUGGAAGCUCUGAGGCAACUAGCUACUCUGUGUGGGAUAUUGGGAAGACAUCAAGAGGCCCUGCAACAUAUCAGUAAAGCUUUAUCUCCUGGUGCCCAGACUGUGGAUAAACUCACCAGGGCAGCCAUUUACUAUGAAGAAGGAAAUCACUGGAAAGAUCUGAAACAGUAUCAGCAGGCUGCCAAGAGUUAUAAAGCAGCAGUUUCUCUGGAUCCAAGUUUGCCUCAAGCUUGGCUAAACCUUGGAGCAAUUUAUCAUCUUCUAGACGAAUUUGACAGUGCAAAGUUUCACUACCACCAGGCUCUGAAGCUGAACCCAAAUAAUGAGAUUCUGAAAGAGAACAUCAAAAAGUUAGAAAGAAGACAGCAACAAUUGAUAAAUAAUAAGAAAAAUAAGACUUCAUAGGGUGAUAUGGUUAAGUAAUCAUUGCAAGUGCGUCAAGAACCAGUAAAAAGGUCAGAAAAGAUGAAUCAAAAUUUUAUGGAUGAAUUAGUGAUUGUAUUCUGGGUGAUCAUGGUGAUGAUUAAACAUUUUUAUAUCUUAUUUACUUUAAUUAAGAUAGCAACUUAUUAGGCAAUGUAAUUAAGUAACAUUAUGAAGCCAAAAAAGCGCAGCUGUUCCUAGAUAUGUUUUAGGGUUGUGAGUGAGUCUCAAAAUGGAGUUUUGUUAAUAGCAUUUAAUUGGUAAGAUUUUUUUUCAUUUCAAGGUCUGAAUCUUAGUCUGAGCGUAUUAUUAAACUUACUUUUUCUUUUUUAAUUUUAUUCCACAAGGACUGUCUUUCCUCAUUCUUUAUUUCUCAUAUUACAUGGUCUGAGUGAAAUUUUCAGUGUAAUGAUGAUUUGAUAUUAAACCACAUCCGAACCAGUACAUGUACUUGAAUUAUUUCCUUUUGGAAAAGGGAUGUGGAUAUGUAUGAUAUUGCUUUCACCUACAGUAUUACAAGAUUGUGAUUUUUUUGUUGAUGAGAAUUGUCCCAUCGCUAGAGUUAUAUUUGAUGUUUGCCAAGAAUAAAUAAUUUUAUAAAUUUUAAAAUAUAUCUAUUAAUAUAUACCUGUAAAUAUAAUGUAAAAGUAUUUAUUGUAGGUGAUAAUUUCUCGUCUGUCCUGUGAUUAUUUUAUAUAUAGCUUUCUAGGUAGGAGAGCAUUAAGUACACAUUGCAAUAACUAUGCUGUCUACAGUGGUGAACUAAUCCCUCCAUUUAACAUAUUCUUGUCAGAUAAUUAAGUAUUUAUGCAUGUGGAUUUAUAUUGAGUUCAGGGAUAUGGAGAUAUAAGUAAAGUUUUUAAAUCUAAUGCUGGACUCACUACUCGGGCUUUUAGACGAGGCUGCAUCUCUCUUGGAGAAUUCAGUUGAAACUAGAAAAGCACUCCGAGAACGCAGACCUCCGCCAAUGUAGUAAUUUUUUAUUAUUAUUGAUUAUUGAUU